AUGCGCUCCUUGCAAAUUAUUUCGGUGCUUGGGGCACUGUUUCUCACCACUGUUCAAGCCGUGACUCUCCCAGCUGGAGUACCCCGCGAUAUUUCAGAGUUCAGAGAUAAACAUCCCUACGCUCCACCCAAGCAUGAACACCGCAGAAUCAUCCGGAUUCGGGCAUCCACAAAUAACGCAGAUGAUGUGUCGGAUGAGUUCAGGAGGGGUGUACGCAAAGCAAAUGGCGGAGGAACCUUGCAUCUAGCCAAGGGAAAGACAUAUGUCAUAGGUAAAGCUCUUGACUUGACUGGACUGGAAGACAUUCACAUUAACCUAGAGGGUGAGAUACGAUUCACUGAUGACGUUGAGUACUGGCAAGAGAAUGCCUGGUACCAUCCAUUUCAGAAGUCGAUCAUGUUCUGGAAGUGGGGAGGAAAGGACAUUAAAAUCUACGGCAAUGGUGUCAUUGAAGGCCAAGGGCAACGGUGGUGGAAUGAGUUCGAGUCUGGAACUGGUUCUAUUCUAAACCCUGACAACAAAUACUAUCGCCCCAUUCUGUUCUACGCCGAAAACACCACCAACUUGGAUGUUUCCGGAAUUCAUUUGAAGGACUCACCCUGCUGGAAUAACUUCAUCGUCAGCUCCAACAACGUCAAGUACACAGACGUUGUCGCAACCGCACUGUCCAACAACGGCAGUAUCAUUCCCAAGAAUACUGAUUUCAUGAACACCAUGAAUACCUCAGCUGUGCGAAUUGAGAGAACCUGGGUCAACAUUGACGACGACUGCUUCUCGCCGAAGCCGAAUAGCUCCGACCUUUACGUAAAUACCAUGUAUUGCAAUGGCACUCACGGCCAGUCCAUGGGAUCGCUUGGUCAGUACAAAGGCGAGGUCUCUAAUGUCUACGACGUGCACAUUGAGAAUGUUUGGAUGAUGAACGGAGAUUACUCGGCAGCUCGUAUCAAAGUUUGGGCUGGUGAGGAAACCGGCACAGGGUUCGUCAACAACGUAACCUUCAAAAACUUCUGGGUCGCUAGAAUGGACUACGGCAUCUUCCUCGACUCAUGCUACUUCAAUAUCUCAGCCGAAGAAUGCAAUGCUCACCCGUCAGGCAUGCAAAUAACCAACAUACACUUUGAGAACUUUACUGGGUACACAUCUGGUGUUUAUGGCAAUGCUGUAGCUAGGCUGUCAUGCUCAGCUGCUGAAGAUGCUAUUUGUGCAAACAUCACGGUCAAAGACUUCAAUGUCAAGACUCCUUGUGGCGGAGACCCUGUCAUUAUCUGUGAUGGGAUGCACGGGGAUAUUGGCGUUGAUUGCGUGCCGUAUGAUAGUGACGAGGCGAAAGCGGCGUUGAACGCAAAGUGCAAGACUCCCAUGGCGGCGAUUGACACGGAUCCUUGGGGCAGUGGACUUAUUGAGAAGAUGAAGGGCGCUUUCCAUCCACAGUAGAUAUCACAGUCAAGGAAAGUUUGCAAUGGGAG